UAUCCUCAAAUAUCUCCUAGUAUCCCAGCUAAGGCGGCUCAGUACUACUCUGUUCCUCCCAAGCCCACACUUUCUGCCUGCCCUUCUCUUGCCCAGAACAUUGCAUGUCCCUCCCCUCUUCUGCAUGGGCUGGGGGUGCACUAAGUCCUGCUGCUACCUCCAGGAUUGGACCUCAGUGUCUGCACAGAGUGGGAAUGAGGAGCUGUCUGCCUGAUGACUGGUGUUCACCUGUUCUUUACUAGGAGGUCAAAACUAUUGGGCAGAAUGUAUCGCUUACAUCUUGUAUUCCUCCUACUCUUUACUGUGAUGCCAAGCAUCAGCAAGGCAGAUGAUGAAGGUCAGGAGGGCUACAACUGGCACAUCAAGGAAAUACCUCACAUUCUUAAUUCAGAUGUUGUACAGCUCAGUAGUCCAGUGUUUCAAGCAGAACCAGUACAGGAACUUCAUGGAACCUGUGGAAUUGAAUGCCAGAAGAACUUACCACCACCAACUCAAGAUGACCUUGAAAACUACCUUUCCUAUGAGACAAUAUUUGACAAUGGUACACGUAUCAUGACAAAGGUAAAGUUUCAGCUGCCUGUCGGGUUUAAUCAGACCAGUCCCUCAGUAAGACAUACCCUGCGAAGAAAGAGGCAGAUAUAUGGCACUGACAGUAGGUUCAGUAUAUCUGACAAGCAAUUUAUGACCAACUUUCCAUUCAGCACUGCAGUGAAGCUGUCUUCUGGAUGUAGUGGAAUUCUUAUUUCACCCAAACAUGUGUUAACAGCAGCCCACUGUGUACAUGAUGGUACAGAUUACAUCAAGAAUACCAACAAGUUACGAGUUGGAAUCCUUAAAAUCAGAACAAAGAGGGAAGGCAGAAGACGUAAGGGUGGCAAGAAAAACAGAGAAAGACCACCUACUGAAGAGGACAGUGCAACAAAGGGGGGCAAACAGAAAAAACAGAGGGGAAAACAGAGAAAAUCAGUACAGAAAAGGUCAGCAGGAGAAGACACAGAACAGACACGGCAGAGAUCUGGUAGAGAAAAGGACUCCAUAGCUGGAAAGCCUUCCUUCCAGUGGACAAGAGUGAAAGCUAUUCAGAUUCCUAAAGGCUGGUUCAAGGAAGUAUCAGAACAUAUGAGUCUGGACUAUGAUUAUGCAGUUCUGGAACUGAAACGCCCUCAAAAAAAGAACUACAUGGAGCUUGGAAUAAGUCCUGAGAUCAAGAAGAUGCCAGGGAGUCGAGUGCACUUCUCUGGAUUUGAUGAUGACAGACCAGGACAGUUAGUCUACCGUUUUUGCAGCGUGUCAGUGGAAUCUAACGAACUGUUUUAUCAGUACUGUGAUGCAGAACCUGGUUCUAGUGGAUCUGGUAUUUACAUCCAUCUCAAAGAACCAAACAAGAAAAAGUGGAAACGAAAAAUUAUUGCAAUCUAUUCUGGCCAUCAGUGGGUGGAUGUUGGUGCUGAACAGCAGGAUUAUAAUGUAGCUGUAAGAAUAACUCCACUCAAAUAUGCGCAGAUAUGUCUCUGGAUACAUGGCAACAACGCUGAUUGUUCUCAAGGUUGAACCUUUUUCAGAAUAUUACCUGAAACUUAUGACAGGAAAACUACAGAGAAAGUUAAUUAAGGCUUUGAAGGGAAAAUGCAGAUUUUUAGAACAUGCACUACUAGAAGCAACUUCUAGUGCUUGUCCUAAUUGUCCUUACAAAGCAGCAAUGAAGGUAAUAUUGGAAGCUGGAGAAGAAACAGCGCUACCUACAAGAAACAAGGAAUUAUGCAAUGUGGAUAUUUAUUGGAAGAAUUCAGCAGCUCUGCUGUAGUCGAUAUAGAGAACUCAGGACUGUCCUUACGUAUGCAAAUUGUUUUACAAAAUAUCCAAGUAUGUUCAGACAAAUGGCGCUUCAGAAUCACUUCAUGUUGUGACUUUUGGUUUCAUCAUGGUAGCAGACAAUCAAAGUAACACUUUGGCAUGAAAAGCACAUGAAACAGCUUGGUUUGUCCCCAGGCAUGUACAGCACUUGGCAAAAUAAAAGAAAAUACAAGUUAUAUUGUACACAUGCUUGCCUAUAAAUCACGGCCCACACUCUAUGACAUGGUCAACCUUUUGAUAGGUUAUGGCCAGCUCAAAUAUACAGCAUGUGUACACUAGUUUGCUAGAUGUAUUCCAUGACACAUGUGAUCUAUAGCCCUUGUAUUCUUCUCUACCAGAGCCAAGUAAGAUUAUUUGGCCCCAUGUAAACUGUCAACUGUGUCCAUGUAAGGUGUCACUAUGGCUGGUCACAGGAGACAGUUUUGUUAAAUGUUGGUAAUUGAGAACACACCAGUCAACUAAA